AGAGAGUGCGACAGAGAGAAAAGAGAGAGAGAGAGAGAGAGAGAGAGAGAGUGUUGACAAUCACAACCGGAGACACGAAGAUACGUGACGAUGAGGGACAUUGUCGUGUGUCUGUUUGUUUGCCUAUGCGCAGCGAGUUCUAGUUCUAUCAAGAAGCGGUUCGGAGCGCCACCGGAUGUGGAGCGGGCGUGUGACCCACGCGAUGGCAACCAGACGUUCGUGGCUAAUGUCGAUGACUGCAACAGCUACUGGGAGUGCGUGCACGGAUGCUCCGCUAUGCGACCCAGACACAUGCCGACCUCCUGACUGUAGGUGCGCCGGAAGUGACGUACCAGAAGGGAUGAGCGCCUCGCAGAUUCCACAGAUGGUCAUGAUCACCAGCGAAGGCGCCAUACGACUAGAAGAUUACAAUCACUUGUACACGCAGGUAAUUUACCUGUAA